AUGCCCCGGACACUGAGCGCCUCCGACAUGGUCACCCCAGGCAGCCUUGGCCCACCCCCCACGGAGCCCACGGAUGGCGAGCAGGCCGGGCAGCCCCUCCUGGACGGAGCUCCCUCCUCAGCUUCCCUGGACACCCUCAUCCAGCACCUGGUGCCCACAACUGACUACUACCCCGAGAAAGCCUACAUCUUCACCUUCCUUCUGAGCUCCCGCCUCUUCAUCGAGCCCCGGGAGCUCCUGGCCCGGGUCUGCCACCUGUGCAUUGAGCAGCAGCAGCUGGACCAGCCGGUGCUGGACAAGGCCCGGGUCCGGAAGUUUGGCCCCAAACUCCUCCAGUUGUUGGCCGAAUGGACGGAGACAUUCCCACGGGACUUCCAGGAGGAGUCAACCAUCGGGCACCUGAAGGACGUGAUGGGCCGCAUCGCCCCCUGUGACGAGGCGUACCGGACUACAAUGCAUCAACUCCUGCAGGCUCUGCACCAGAAGCUGGCAGCUCAGGGCCAGGGCCCAGAAGGCCUGCUGGGGGCCGACAAGCCCAUCUCCUACAGGACCAAGCCACCGGCCUCCAUCCACAGGGAGCUCCUCGGCGUCUGCAGUGACCCCUACACUCUGGCCCAGCAGCUGACCCACGUGGAGCUGGAACGCCUACGACACAUCGGGCCUGAGGAGUUUGUCCAGGCUUUUGUGAACAAGGAUCCUUUGGCCAGCACAAAGCCUUGUUUCAGUGACAAGACCAACAAUCUGGAGGCUUAUGUGAAAUGGUUCAACAGAUUGUGCUACCUCGUGGCGACUGAGAUCUGCAUGCCGGCCAAGAAGAAGCAGAGGGCCCAGGUGGUGGAGUUCUUCAUUGACGUGGCCCGUGAGUGCUUCAACAUUGGCAACUUCAACUCUCUGAUGGCCAUUAUCUCCGGCAUGAACAUGAGCCCUGUCUCCAGGCUGAAGAAGACCUGGGCCAAAGUGAAGACAGCCAAGUUUUUCAUCCUUGAGCACCAGAUGGACCCGACAGGGAAUUUCUGCAACUACAGGACAGCCCUGCGGGGGGCAGCCCACCGCUCCCUGACUGCCCACAGCAGCCGGGAGAAGAUCGUCAUUCCCUUCUUCAGCCUGCUCAUCAAAGACAUCUACUUCCUGAACGAGGGCUGUGCCAACCGCCUCCCCAAUGGACAUGUCAACUUUGAGAAAUUUCUGGAGCUGGCCAAGCAGGUUGGAGAGUUCAUCACGUGGAAACAAGUGGAAUGUCCCUUUGAGCAAGACCCCAGCAUCACCCACUACCUGCACACCGCCCCUAUCUUCAGCGAGGAUGGUCUUUAUUUGGCUUCUUAUGAAAGUGAGAGCCCAGAGAACCAAACAGAAAAAGAGAGGUGGAAAUCUCUAAGAUCUUCUAUUUUGGGGAAGACGUGA